AUGACUCCUCCAACUAUGAUACAAACCGCUCCGGUUGUUAAUUACAGCUUUGCUCCCACUGAGCCUACCCAAAUUAGUUUGAAAACUAGCGCUUCAAAUGGUGAGAUCAAAUUUGCUGAUUGGGAUAAAUUUCAGUUUGCUCCUAUUAGAGAGUCAACCGUGUCCCGUGCUAUGACCAAGAGAUACUUUGCUGAUUUGGACAAGUUUUGUGAAUCCGAUGUUGUGAUAGUUGGCGCUGGUUCCGCUGGUUUAUCGGCAGCAUACGUCUUAGCCAAGAAUAGACCCGAUUUGAAAAUUGCCAUUAUUGAAGCUUCAGUUUCUCCAGGUGGCGGCUGUUGGUUAGGUGGUCAAUUGUUUUCCGCUAUGGUUUUAAGAAAGCCUGCUGAACAGUUUUUGGAAAAUUUGGGAAUUGAGUAUGAGGAUGAAGGCGACUAUGUAGUUGUCAAGCAUGCUGCUUUGUUUAUGUCAACUUUGCUUUCAAAAGUAUUGGCAUUCCCAAACAUCAAGUUGUUCAAUGCUACUGCAGUUGAAGAUUUGAUCACCAGACGUGAUGAGACUACAGGGGAAUUGAGAAUCGCCGGUGUUGUCACCAACUGGACAUUGGUUGCCUUAAACCAUGAUACUCAAUCAUGUAUGGACCCAAACACAAUCAAUUGCAACGUUGUGUUGUCAACAACUGGACACGAUGGUCCAUUUGGAGCCUUCUCAGCAAAGAGAUUAGAGGCAUUGGGUAAGCCUCGUAGUGAUAUUACUUCUGGCUUCAAAUCUGAGACCGCCGCAUCAAACGCAGGUAGCAAACCACUGACCGCUGGUUUCGAAUUAGGCGGAAUGAGAGGUCUUGACAUGAAUAAAGCCGAGGAUGCUAUUGUUAAAGGUACAAGAGAGGUUGUUCCUGGUUUAGUCAUUGCUGGUAUGGAAUUAGCAGAAGUUGAUGGAUCUAACAGAAUGGGUCCUACUUUUGGUGCUAUGGCUCUCUCGGGAGUCAAAGCUGCAGAAGCUGUUUUGAACACUAUUGAUGUCAGAAGAAAGCAAAAUGAAAACUGUUACGGAGGAUUAUCCUUGAACUAA